UGUAUGGGUAUUUGAAAAUUGGUAACUAAAAAACGAUGAAAUACAUGGGCUUGGAAGCAAUUUGUCCUUAACCUUUUCUCCAUUCUAUCCAUGGUACACUACCAACUAACAGAAAUUAACAGUGACUUUUCAGUUAAUUGCUUCACUAAAUCAUCUAUUUCACUCCAUCUGAUGAAAUUAUUUGAUUAUUUGAAAAACAUAGAUCGAUCUUAUGCUUUGUUUGAAAAGUUUCACACUAGACUGACAAAUUAACUUUGGGAUCAUUUGGUUCAAAUCACAAAUACUAAAUU